ACAGCUCUCUAUGAUGUUUAGAAUUUAGACUGCAGUACCCAUUUUAAACACCAGGGGGGCAGAGUUACAUACUGCUCUAGGUUUUUGAAGCCAGCACUUGAAUAUAGCAGAGUCUCAGGUCUCUGGUGUCUGAUCCUGGGGUGUUUCUAUCCUCAGUGAGGCUCAUCUCCUGUCCUCAGUGGGGCUCAUCUCCUGUCCUCAGUGAGGCUCCUCUCCUGUCCUCAGUGAGGCUCAUCUCCUGUCCUCAGUGAGGCUCAUCUCCUGUCCUCAGUGAGGCUCCUCUCCUGUCCUCAGUGAGGCUCAUCUCCUGUCCUCAGUGAGGCUCAUCUCCUGUCCUCAGUGGGGCUCAUCUCCUGUCCUCAGUGGGGCUCAUCUCCUGUCCUCAGUGAGGCUCAUCUCCUGUCCUCAGUGAGGCUCUCUCCUGUCCUCAGUGAGGCUCAUCUCCUGUCCUCAGUGGGGCUCCUCUUUUGUCUCUGAUGAUGUGGUGAUGUCAUGGUGAUGUCAUCUGUGGAGCAGCGGUACCGUGACAUCACUCCUGUGACCCUGCAGGUGGUGGGCGGGGCUGUGAGCUCCAGCCUGUACUGUGGGGAGGUGGAGGGAGUAGGUGGGGGUCUUGUGGAGUCCUUCCUGGUGGAGCUGUAUCGAUGUAAAGUCUGUCAGUUCACCUGCAGCCUGAAGGCCUCCAUCAGCAGCCACCUGCUGCUCAGGCACCGGGAGGGGGCGGAGCUUGAGCAGGGGGCUUCACCCUAUCAGCUGGACCUGAACGGAGGGUCAAAGCAGAGCGAUGAGGAUGAAGACUUCCUGCUUUACAACAUGCUGGAAAACAUGUCGCCUCCCACCUGUGACAUCAGCAGCGAGGGUGGGCUUCAGGUCUCACACACUUGUGAGGUCAGCACUCUGUUUGAGGAGGGGGAGGAGGGGGAGGAGGGAGGAGGAGGAGGAGGAGGCCUCCAUCUUCCCUCUGAAGGGGGGGGCAGAUCUGUCCGGUCAUAUCGACCCCCCCUCCACCCAGGAGGAGAUGGCACAGUCCGCUCACCUUAUGACUCUGGGACUGUGUCGCAUCUCCACUGCAAAACCUCCUGCUCCUCCCAGCACCCCCUGCCCUGCCCCCCCUCCCCCUGAUGACCCCCCCAGCGCAGCCCCCCCACUGAAGAGGAAGAGGAGGCUGCUGUGUCUCCUGUGUCCUCUGACCCUGCCGUCCCGCCGCCUGCUGGACGUCCACGUGCGCUCUCACUGCGCUGCCGGCGGGUUCAGCUGCGUCUCCUGCAGCUGGACGUGUGACAGCUGGGAGGAGCUGGAGACCCACUGGAGGGGGCACCGCAGGAGGAGGAGGGGGGGGAGGAGGUGGGACGGACAAGAAGACCAGAAGAAGAAGAAGAAGAAGGCGGGACGGUUCAGCUGUCCCAUCUGUCUGAGGAUGUUCAGAAGCUAUGCCUCCAGAAACGCUCACAAAAUAACACAUGACAGCUCCAAGCAGCAUUGCCGUGACAACAGCUCAGAUCGACAGAGGCUCUGCUUGAUUGGACCAGCAUGUGGAAAGGAGGCGGACCUUACAGACAGGUAGACCCUGACCCAUCAUCAUCUAAAAAUCUGCAGCUUUUAUUCUGAAAAUCCCUCAAAUAAAUCCCCCCAAAUUUCCAAUACGAGAAUAUUAC